UACUAAUAUGGCCGCCGAAUGUAGCCUUUACCUCACUAAGAUGGCGGCUGGACUUGCAGCGUUUAAUGUUUGUUCAGAGCUGUCGGAAUUAAAUUGACCUUUAUCAACAUGGAUAAGAAAAAGAAAACGUUCGAUGUGACGGCAGCGUCGCUGGUGGAUCUGAAGGCAGAACUUUACCGGAAACAGGAGGAAUUCAAACAGGAUAAACUUUUGAAAGAAGCAGGGGCUCCAUUUAAAGCAAAACCAGUGAACAAGAAGCCAACUAUCUGGACCAAGCAAAAUGCAGGGGUUUUAAGUCGGGCUGAGAAGGACAUAGAAGAAAGCAUUGAGGAACAGCAGACUCUCGAUAAAUCAAAGCAGAGGCUAGAGGAAAAAGCAAAACUUUAUGAACAGAUGACAAAAGGAGACUUACCAGAUGAAGAAACAGAAAGUAUGUACUUGGUCGAUUUCACACAGAAGAUUUUCGACAAGCAGAAAGAGUUACAGGCUCUACGUGAGGGUGAAGCAGCAAAGAAGACGGUGGAGUGUGAGCAAGAUGAGGACUCAGUGCCUGAGUCGGAAAUUCCAGCACCACAGAACCCUGAUGAGGAAUGGGUUGACUACGUAGAUUCCUUAGGCCGAUCCAGAAGAUGCAUGAAGAAAGAUUUGUCAGGACUGCUUGCUAUGGACAAGGAUCUCAGAGGAGCAAGACAGGAAGUGGAAAAGAAAACGUUGCUUUCUGAAGACAUGAGAAGGGAGCUUCAGCGGCAGCAGUGGGAAAGAGAGGAAGAGGAGGCACUGAACAGACCCAUUGGACCAGUGCAUUAUGAGGACAUCCGUCAAAAUGAGGCCCGAGAGCUGGGUGUAGGUUAUUUUGCCUUUGCUCGUGAUGAAAGUGCCAGGAAGAAGCAGAUCGAAACACUUGACAUGCUGAGAGAACAGACAAUGGAUCAAAGAACCAAACGAGAGAAACUGAAAGAGAAGCGCAAAGCCAUGUUGAGUGCUCGCUUGGCGAAGGUUCGUCAGAGGAAGAUGAAGAAACUGCAAGGUGAUGGGAUUGAAGAUACUGUGGAGCUGCCAGAGCAGAAUGAAACAGAUGAUGAUACUGAGGCAUCGAUCUCCAUGCCAGUACAACCAAGUGUAACACAGAUUGAAGUGACCUCUACAAAGAAUAAGGUGGAGGUCAUUACACAGGAGCGGAAGGACACAAAACCUGGUGUGCCACACAUCCGGGAAUGGGACAAAGGGAAAGAGCUACUGUUUGGACAUUGGUCUGGGAAUCGGCCAGAUCCCAGGGAUGAAAGGCUACCAGAGUUUGCGCCACCUUCGGAGUAUUAUAGUGGUCUGAAGAAGACAAGUAACUAUAGAGACUGGCAGAAGGGACAACCCAGAUAUUCCUACCAGCAACCUCAGCCUGAUGAGGGACAGCAGUAUACAAAUGUGGGAAAGUCACAAGCCAAUUUGGAACAGAAUCAGUCAGCAAGAAUCAGCUCCCUGGAGGAUAUGCUGGCUUAUUACAAACAUUCAACCUAAGGCCUGCUGAACAAACUAGAGCCUGUACCCUUAACCUGGCUGUCAAAACUUGCAGAUCAGAUUAAAAUCUUUUCCAUGCUG